GCAGUUAGAAAGUUGUCUGAUAUUAAUAAUUAUCCAUUAGCACAAGUUCAACAGAGCGAACAGAGUGGAACUAAUUCUGGAAAGAAGAAAACAGUAAAGGCAAAUUUGAAAUGUAUAACUAAGAAGGGAGCAGCGAAGAAAACUGAAUCUAAAAGA